AUGGCUGCGAUUCCAGGAGGAGCUAGCGGCAUUGGAGAAACUAGUCGUGCCUCCUGCGAAGACCAAGCUCGAUUGGUCGCCCACGUCGUGCCUCUUAUUGGCGCAGAAAAGGCGCCUCUCCAUCUGUGGUCGGAUUCCACCGUGACUCUCGGCUGGAUCCGGGGCCACCCUUCGUCCUGGGUCACUUACGUCGCUAAUCGGGUGAGUGAGAUCCAGACGCUGACUCCGGACGCCCACUGGCACCACGUCCCCGGCCGAGAGAAUCCCGCGGACUGCGCGUCACGAGGACUCUACCUCAGCGAGCUUGUGGACCAUUCACUAUGGUGGCAAGGUCCGUCGUGGCUGUCCUCCGAGAGCCAACCGUGGACGAUCAACUGCGAGGAGCCACCAGAGGAUGACCUCCCAGAGAGGCGCGUCCGCGCCCACGUCGCCGCCAUCGCCGAACAAAGGACUGAGCCGGAGAUGCUUCUUCGAUACUCGUCGCUACAACGCCUGCUCCGGAUCACUGCGUGGUGCCGUCGCUGGCUGCGGAUCCAUCGUCAGGACCACCUCGCGCAUGGCCAGCCCGGCUUGAACAGCGCCGACGAGAUCGAGGACUCCCGGAUCUCCUGGUUAAAAAUCAUCCAGGCUGAAACAUACAAAGAAGAACUGAGACACCUGAAGAAUGGAAAGCCUCUGCCGACUCGAAGCUCCCUACUGAAGCUAAGUCCUUUUCUGGACAGUGAGGGACUCCUACGCGUCGGCGGGCGCCUUAAACACGCUGCACUGCAGUAUGAUGCCACGCAUCCAACCAUACUACCAAGCAGAUCUAAUUUUACUUGCCUCAUCAUCGACGACUACCACAAGCGGACGCUGCACGGCGGCACCCAGUUGACCUUGUGCUCUCUUCGCCAGGAGUAUUGGGUCCCUCGAGGUCGCGCUCUAGUGAAGAGCCGCAUCAGCCGGUGUCUAAGGUGCACCAGAUGGCGGGCUGCCAUCCCUCAGCCACUGAUGGGGGACCUCCCGGCACCACGAGUUACUCCAGGCCGGCCGUUUCUGCAUACCGGCGUAGACUACGCCGGACCGAUUUGGAUGCGAACAGCAGGGGGCCGCGGACUCAAGGCGACAAAAGGUUUUAUUGUUGUCUUUAUUUGUUUAGCUUCCCGAGCAGUCCACCUCGACGCGGCCUCGGACUACACCGCUGACGCCUUCCUUGCCGCCUUGCGUCGGUUCGUCGCCAGGCGAGGAGUCUGCCACUCGCUAUAUAGCGACUGCGGCACCAACUUUGUGGGUGCCGAUAAGCAGCUUAGGCAACUAUUCUCCGCCGCCAGUGCCGACGGACAUCGCAUCGCAACCUUCGCCGCUCAGGAAAGAAUCCGGUGGCGGUUCAACCCGCCAGCUGCACCUAACUUCGGCGGUUUAUGGGAAGCUGCCGUGAAAGCGAUGAAGCACCACCUUCGGCGAGUCAUCGGUGACGCCACCCUCACCUACGAGGAGAUGACUACUCUCCUAGCCCAAAUUGAGGCCUGCCUCAAUUCCAGACCGCUGCAGCCGUUGUCUGACGAUCCGGAGGAUGUAGCCGCACUCACACCUGGUCACUUCCUGGUCGGCUCCGCUCUCUCGGCGAUCCCCGAACCGUCGCUCGAACGAGAGCCGUCGGCACGUCUCUCACGGUGGCAGCUCCUGCAAAACAUGAAGGACCAUUUCUGGUCUCGGUGGGUCAGCGAAUACUUACACACGCUGGCCCAUCGGCCGAAAUGGUCCCGAAUUAAUCAGGAGGCUCGCGUCGGUCGAAUCUGCCUCGUGCGAAACGAAAUAACACCACCAAGACGGUGGCCGCUUGCGCGCAUUACACGACUGCAUCCAGGUUCCGACGGUAACGUUCGCGUAGUCGACGUCCGCACCUCGACCACAAAUUUGACGCGUCCCGUGAACAAGUUAGUCUUUCUGACCGACGGCUCCGAAGACUCACUCGAAUCGCAAUCACGCGUCGUCCGCGUUUAA